AUGACAGAGCCAACAUGGAUUCCCCAUUUGCAAGAUCUUCUUAUAGAUAAAAAUAACACAUACUUCACUCCAUCCAAGAACGGUUCAUUUGGUGGAGGACAAUUGAUUUUUAGGACAAGAUUCACACUUUUUGCAACAUUUGGAAUGGUCUGUUCUGCUCCUCAUAUUAGUGCCAAGUUUCAUAGAGCAGGUCCUGAAGACUUCUAUCCAAAAAUGGAAUGCAUUGGAGAUAUUCUUAAAAGGCAUGGCUAUUCCACUUCAGUUAUAUUUGGCGCAUCAUUUUAUGAUUGGAAUAUGGGAUAUACAUUUUCAAAGCAUCAUUAUGACAAAAUAAUAUCAGAUGUUCAGAUGAAGCAUCGAGGCUGGGUUAAAGAUUUUGUCGUGAUUGAUCACUUUAAGAAAGAAUUAGCUAGACUUAACUCUCUUAAGAAGCCUUUCUUCGCCCAUAUGCUGACCUUAGAUUCGCACCAACCAGGAUUGGUCUGCAAGUAUUGUCCAAAGGCAAACUCUUCGAAUGAAAGAGCUGUGAGAUGUACUGAUAAACAAAUAUUUGAUUUCUUAGAGUGGGCCAAAACGCAGCCAUGGUAUAACAACACAUUGAUUGUGAUGUAUGGUGAUCAUCUAAAUAGAUGGCCAAAGUUCAGGACUGAAUCUGAAAAAAUUGGAUAUAAGAGAUCAACAUAUAAUGUUUGGAUAAAUUCUGCUGUAAAGCCAAAGAUACAAACUGGUAGAAUGUAUUCGAAUUUUGAUAUUCAGCCUUCUAUAUAUGCAGCAGCAGGAUUUAAAGUUAAAGGCGAUAGAAUUGCUCUUGGAACAAAUUUGUUUUCCGAUAAAGAAACGUUAAUGGAAAAAUUAGGUUUUGAUAAGUUUGAAGAUGAAAUUGAAGAUACACCAAAGUGGUACCACUCUGUUUAUGAUGGAAUUCAGUACCAAUCCAAUAGUAAUGACCUUGUUGUAACAGGAACUCUUGGAGAAAAAGACACUAGAGGUGAAAAGAAAGAAAGAGAUUACUGGACAAAUCCACUUGUUCAAAAGUCAAAGAAGCCCAAGAAAUAA